AUGACUGUUGUAUCAUCAACUCACCUUACAAUUAAAAGAAACUUUGGUUCAAAUAGGUAUCCAUUAAAGGUUUUUCUUGUUGGUGUUGCUCAAGAUGUACCAAAAGAGAUUAAUAGUGAAAGUGUGAUAAUUAGUACACUAGUUAAUGAUUAUGCUAGACAAAGUAUUAAUGAAGGGUCAUUUAAUGUCUCUGAGACAAAGAAUUCUGAUAUCAGUAAAGAAAAAAGCGAGUUUGAAGCCAGUUUGAUUAUUGAAGAUUCUCAUGCAUCAAAAUAUACAAGGCUGGAAGAUGAAAAAGAUGAUUGUGUUGAUAAGAGUUCUGAGUGUAGUUUUGAAGAGUCUUCCAAGUGCAAAGAAAAAGCAUUUUA